UAGCUAGGCGCGUUGUGUUGAAAUGGCGGUAGUAACACAAUAAAUAAUUCGCACCACAUGUAGUUUUAAACAAUGGACAUCAAAGCUUCAAACAUGAUUAGAGGGAGGAAGAAACUUCGCUACUUCGCGGAAGAGGAAAGGUUAAACGUCCCGAAAAUUAAUGAUGUAUUUUCAUUGCGGGACGUUGACGAUUAUUUUGAUUUCACCUCAAAUAGUUCCCAAAAGCUGGACAGCGGGUUCCUCUCCCCUCCAGCCAAGACCACAGUGGAGGAGGACGAGGAGGGUGCACUGCAGGAGGAUGAUGAGGAUGAGGCUCCAUGUGCUCCCUGUCCAACAGACAUCAGCAACACUGCAGCAGAUGUAGACCUCAUGGAGGAAGAGAUUCCUUUCCCGCUGAAGACAUCCAGCCCCAUUGUGGCCCCGAACCUGCCGACGGUGAAUGGCCAAGACCAAGACGAGCCUCGGACUUCAGCGGUGACCGGUCAAGACAAGCCUUUGGCUUCAGCAGCAACGGUCCAAGCAUUGGACCGAGACAAGUGUUUGGCCUCAGCAGUGGUUGGUCAACGCAAGUCCCUGGUGUCCGCAGCGAGGGGCCGAGAACAGCCUCCAUUGCCAGCAGCAACGGUUCAAGAAGAGCCUCCAGUGUCCACAGAAAGGGGCCAAGACCAGCCUGUGGACUCUGCUGCAACAGCGUUACCAGCGCCGGGCCAAGACAAGCCUCUGGCGUCCGCAGCGAAGGGCCAAGACAAGCCUCUGGCGUCCGCAGCGAAGGGCCAAGACAAGCCUCUGGCGUCCGCAGCGAAGGACCAAGUCAAGCCUCUGGCGUCCGCAGCGAAGGACCAAGACCAGCCUGUGGUCUCGGCUGCAACGCUCCAGGACCAGCCUUUGACAUCUGCCCUGGGCCAGGAGGACAAUCAGCUGACAUCAUCUUUGGAACGAGACGAUCAGCAGACGUCAUCUCUUGGCCAACACGGGCAGCUGAUGUCUGCCAUCCUGCUGUCUGAGGACGAGGAGGAUUGCGUGGAACCAGAUCCCCCAGCCAAUCGCAAGAAGCAGGAGUCUGUACCAGCCAAUCACAAGGAGACUGCACGACAGCAGGAGGAAAAGGAACCUACACCAGCCAACCAGAAGCCCAUGGCAGUUCGGGGAGAGGGGCCUGCAGCCAAACAGCCCCCUUAUGGGGGCGGCUAUCCCAGGAAUGUUCUGCCCACAGAAAUCCAUACCAGGGAUGCACAACCCAGGGACCAAGCCAAGGCUAAGGAAGCACAGCCCUCUACCUCCAGGGACAUCAAGUCCAGGGAUCAAGCCAAGUCCAGGGACUUGCAGCCCACCACCUCCGAUGAGGCACAGCCCUCCACGUCCAGUGAGGCUGACUUCCACAAAAGACUCUGGGAGUUCAUGAUCCGGAAGGACAAGACAAGUAGGCCCCCGCCACCCCCCAGGCCUCCGUCCCCUGAUGACAACGACGACGACGAUGACUUCCUCAUCCUCGAUGACGCACCGAUCAUCUUCAGCCUCACGCGCAAGACCAACACCACCCACAGCCAAACCUCAAGAACCCAGAUCCAGAGUAAGACCAACACUCAGGGACAGAGUGACGAUGAGACCCAGGGCCAGAGUAAGAGCCAGACGAGUCGUGCCAAGCAGCCCAGCAAGAAGGCUGACUCUGGAGACCACAGCGGGCCAGACUCUGGGUCUGGAUCAGCAGCACCCGAACUCGCCACAGCUCCUGCUUCGAAGAGUAAGAGCCGGGGACAGCUUAAGAGCCAGAAAAAGACGAGCCAGGCCACCAAGGCCAAGCAGCCCAGCAAGAAGGCCAGCGCUGCGGACAAUAGAGGGCCAGAGAGGUCUGGGUAUAAGGCAGUACCCGAACCGGCUCCAGCUCCCGCAUCCAAACCUCGAUCCAAAGCCCCCGCCACGGAAAAGCCAAAGGACUGCGCACAGACUGAAACGCGGGCAGAGGAGCCGGAGGGAGGAGGAGAGGAAGCGGGAGAGGAGUCAGAGGAGCCACACGGUGAUGACUGGGUCAGGCUUGCGGAGGUGAGAUCAGAGAGACAGCCGUCCAAGACUCCAGCUGGUCGCAGCAGGAUGGGCAGCAGCAACAACAGCAGGAAGGGGGGCAAGUGGAGAGGGAGGCAGGAGGAGGAGCAGAGUGAUGCUGCAGUGCCUUCGCCCCCCGCAGUUUCAUCCAGAGUCGCCAGUGUCACCCAGCCCAGGAGAGGGCAGCAGAGGCGGAGGGCUGUCAUCGAGGAGGAGGAGGAGGAGAGUGGCGCAGAGAGUGAGAUCACCGCAUCCAAGGCAGCGGCACGCAAGAGAAGGCCUGCCCCUCCUGUGUCUCCCCCUGUAAGUCCUGCCCAGGAGGAGGAGGAGGUGGAGGAGGAGGAGGAGGCGGCGGCGAGUGGAGGAGGAGGAGAAGGAGAAGGAGAAGGAUAUUAUGUUGAUGCGGCUCCACAGUCCAUUACGGAGAACUCGGAGGCAGUCGACUCUGACGCAGGCAAUCAGAAGGCCAGGAAGGCCCAGCUGCGGCAGAAGCAGCUGAAGGCCAAGCCCUUCUUGGCAGGCAAGAAGAGACGGCGCCGACAGCACCCCUCAACGCCCGCCUCAAGACUCCACCCAUCCAAGCCAGCUGCCACACUGCCACCCAAGCCUACAGCCGCCACCCAGGAAACCAAGCAAGCUAAGCCUACAGCCGCCACCCAGCAUGGACACACAGACACCGCUGCGGAUGACACGCCAUCGCUGCAGACAGAUGCGGAGACAGAGAUGGACGGCAAGACAAAGAGAGUGGAGGAGAAGAGGACGAAAGAGGGCAAGGGGAGGAAAGAGGGCAAGGGGAGGAAGGUGGAGGAGAAGAGAAGGAAGAGGAAGGGUGUGAACGUGGUGGCAUCUGAGGAGGAGACGGAAGAGCAGGAUCUCCCUCCAGCCGCCUGUCACCCGAGAGAACACGCGUCUGGUCCUACAGGUGUGGGCCAGCAGGACUCUCCUGUCUCUCCUGUGCUGGGGAAGCGGAGGCGUAGGCGGCCGUGCAUGUGGUGGGAGAAGGAGAGCGAUGCCGACAACCCCCCUCCCUGCAGCCCCCCCAAGAUGCAUAGACGAGAGCAGCAGCAGGAGGGUAAGAAGGAGAAGAAGAAGGGGAGGAGACGGGAGGAGGAGGAGAAGGGGAUAAAGAGGAAAGGGGGAAGGGCCUCGAGGAGAGACGCGCCAUCGCAGGUUGGGGAGGCCACUGAGGCCCGGGAGAGAGACUCGGCGGAGACUGAGACGGACUCUCCACAGCCGCACAGCAACGCUGGAGGGGCGGAAGGGAGGACUGUGGGCCAUGCAAAGCAGAGUAGAACAGCUGAGACUGCCAAGGAGAGGAGGAAGAGGAGGAAAAGGCAGCAGCAGGAGGAGGAGGAGGAAGCAUCAGCUCCUGCUCUAGACGAGGCCGACCAGCCUGAAGCUCAGCUGCAGGUCAACAUGUCAGCAGAGUGUUCUCCAGAGCCGAAGCAGGUUCAUCGGUCCGUUGCUCCCCAGCGGAGGCCGCAACUUGGUAACCCCGGUAACCGACGCCAGAAGAAACCUCAGCCACAGGCAGAAUAUGACAUCAUCAUUGAGCCCUCUCCCCGCUCCUUCACCCUCACCCCGCACCCCUCUCGCCCGCCACAGUCUCGGCCGCGUGUCGCCACGCCAGGCCUGCCCUCUGCCAACCUCCUCGUCCCUCUGCAGUCCCGAUUAGCCAGGACCAGCGCUGACGCUCGCGGUGGCACGGCCCCCCAAAAAACCCUCAAUGGCUCCCGGAACCCCCUCGCCCACUUGUCCCACCCAAACCCCCUCGCCACCACCCCCUUCCUGACACGCUCCCCCAAAGGCCUCAAGGCCUCCCUGGACGCCUUCGCCGACAUCUACCACUCCGCCAAGCCCCACUCCGGCAAGAGGACCGGGGCUGCGGCCAAUCAAAAGAUGGCGGGUGGCCGGAGGAGGGCAGCCAAUGGGUUGAGGGAGAGUGGGACGCUGCAGAGCUUUGUGGCGGACGGCAGGGAUGGUGAGAGCCAGUGGGGGAGCAGCGUGGUGGCGGCCCUCACCCCAUCCUGCGGGCAGGAUGGGGUUAACCCGACCGCCUCCACCCCAGUCUCCAUGUCAACCCCAGGCUACGCCUCCGUCAUGAGCGCCACGCCACCGAAGGACGCAGACAUGGACUUGGAGCUGGAGGAGCAAGACUCACCUCUGCACAACACCAACAGUGCUGGAUUCCGAAGUGGGCCAUCCUCUAUGGUGGAGCUGCGGAGCUUUGAAGAUGACGAGGAAGAAGAUCAGACGUUGCCGUCCUCCCUCCAUUCGCCAUGCGUAACCCAGUUGACAGUGGGUGUGUGUGGUCCCGAGCUGCAGCUCUUGACUCUGGACCCGGUGGACAGCAAAAACUUCACAGCAUGGAUACGCCAACACUGGGCUACCUCCCGCAUAGAGCUUGAUGCUCAGCUGUGUGCGGGGCAUUUCCGCUGGUACACAUCGGAGCGGAGAGCUCUGGGCCACCGCAUAGACCAGCUCAGCAGCUCGCACAUCAGCGGCAAACUGGUCCUAGGAUCCUACAUGAGGAAACCAGUACCACACGACCCACACCCCACCACGAUAUUCACCGUCUGCACCGGUUCAGUGCGCAUCAGGAUGAGCAGUGUGAGGCCAGUGAUCUACGAUCCCGGACAUGUGUUCAUCGUGCCCCAGGGUGAGGCCUACACCAUGGACAACGUGACCCCUGUCCCGUGUGCACUGGUGUACCACCAGAUGCUGCCUGGGGGGAAGACACGUUUGAAAUACAUGAAUUAGCCUUGUAAAUAUAUUUUUAAUUGAAAUUGUUUUAAAAAUGUGUUUUUUUUUAAAAGAGACCUUUUUGUAAAUAAUAAAGAAUGAACACACACACACACAAAACGUGAUUGCAUCAUGCUGCCACUAGAGGUCAGUAAAGGUCCAUCCCAUCCAAUCAGGAGGCAUGUGAGGUACACAUAGUUCCAUCCAAUCCCAUUCAUUAACAGGGUUCCCACUGUAAUUCCCACUGGAAUGUCAUGGCAAUUCAACAGAGGUGUUUCCAGUCAUGGAAUACAUCCUAACUAUUAUUUAGUUGCACAACCAUGGUUUCUGAUUACUGCUUUGACCAACUUCUGGCAACAGUCAACAAGUAUUCAACAGGCAAUCGUGCUACUGUGCACAAUUAAUGUGCGUGUCUUGGUUUUGCUUCAUUGUUGGUCCGAUUUACCACAUGCCAGUGGUCAUGGAUCAGUUUGAGUACAUCAGGGUACUGGAAGAAGUCAUGUUGCCCUGUUCUGAAGAGGGAGUGCCAUUGAAAUUAAAAUUGGAUUUUUCAACAAGGCAAUGACCCCAAACACACCAACAAGCGAGCAAAAUCAGACUAAGACCAUCCAACUAAUAAAGCUCCCUGCACAACUCCCAGACCAUUAAUCCCAUGAUAGAAAUUGUGUGGGCUAUCGUAUAAAUGCAGUUCAUGACACAAAACCAAGAAAAGCAGAGGAAUUGUGGAAUGUAAUGCAAUUGACCUGUGCUGCAAUACCUUUUGACCGUUGAAUUUGGAAGAAUUUGUUAGUUUGUACAGAACAUUUUUUAGUUUCCAUAGAUGGAUGUAAAUACAGCUAUUUUUUUUACAUUGCUUCUUACAUUACAUUUCUUCACAUUCUAUGAAAUAUAAAAUUAAAUUACUUUCACCAUUUUUUUUUGCUUUGAAAAAGAAUGUGUGCGUGUGGGACUAGCUUCAAACUGAAUAUUAAUAAUAUGAAUAAGUUUUUGGGCAAAAAAUAUACUUAGAAAAAAAAUCUAUAUAUUAUUGUCGGCAGCUCCAUUGAAAUCCAUUCAUUUUUCACUUGUCUGUGGUGGUACUGCAGCUAGUUAGCGAUAACGAGCAACUUCCACCCGUGAAACUUCUCUAUAGAGAUUAUCUGAUGACGCACAGGCUAGAUAUGGCUGCAGCCUAGGGGCCCCCAGCAGCCAUUGGCCACCCAAUCGGUCAAAGCCAAGGGCCCUUGGCCAUCCAGCCCUGACUACAUGAUCUUUUAUGUGUCUUAGGAAGGCGUAUGAUAUGAUCAAAGUCAUGAAUUGUUGCUGAUUUUCAAGAUUAGGCCUAACGGAAACACUUAAAGGUGCAGUAUGUAGAAUUGUGGCCAGAGUAUGUAGGCCUACUACAACUAUGCUGCUCAUUGAAACUAUGCUGCCUAUUGCCAAAUUGUUUAUUUUCAUGAAUAUAAACUUAUCUUUACUAGUAUUAGCAAAGCACAGUAAGAUGUCAAUUUCUGGAAAUUAUUUAAAUAAUUAAUUAAUUAAAUCAUUAUCAACAAAAUGUUUACAGAUGUUUAUAAAUGGGCAAGAAAAACUAUGUUAGCACAGCAGACACAGCGUAGUUGCAUCGGUCCCGUAAGUUUCUCCUCCAAGGACUAGAAGGCAUGAAACCACAUAAAACUUACACAGUAGAUAUUGAUUCCUACUCCACUGUGCAGUUGUAGUUUGGUUAUUAGUCAUUUACAAACAGUUGUAAAUGCUUUGUUAAAUGUUGAUUAUUAUUAAAUGUAAAUAAAGUGUUUAUAAAGCUG